AUGGGUCAGGAGCAAAAUGAUGACCAGUUUUCGGUAUUCAAGAAAAAGUAUUCUGAAAUAGAAGUUAUAAUUUUCACUAUAGGCGCCAAGAAAAAUGUUUCUGAGACCUGACGAAACUACCAACAAAAACUACGUCUGUGCUAAUCCAAUGGACUUUGGUCGAAUGCCAACAGAACGAGAAGAAGCUUUGCUCAUCCGCCAGAGAACACAGAUCAUUUUGAACGAGCUGAAAGCUUUGCAAGCCGCCAGAGAUGGGGCCAGUGACAAGAGACAAUGCGAAACUCAGUGAGUUUUGAGUAGACUGUAUUUGUUUUAUGAAUCUGAUCCAUCCUUGAUUUUCAACAAAAGGCUAUCAAACAAAUUAUUCACUUGAUAACUUCUUGAAUAUUCCAGACAAGAACGCCUACGAGCUUGGGCGUUUUCAGUGAAUAACCAAGAGCAUGUGAAACAGCUCAACUCUAUGGGAAUCGAAAUAAUUCAUCAAGAAGACGGGCGCUUCUACCUCAGUCAUCAAGUUGCCAAUGUAAGUCCUCAUUUUUUCUAUGCGACACUUCCAGUCUUUUGUGAAGUUUUUGUGACGUACCCCUUUGUCGGUGCAUUGAACUUGGGUUUUUCUUGCUUUUUCGAAAGCUCUAUGCAUGUUAAAGUGUAAGGCUCUGCAUUUCAAUCAUUUCAGAAAAAAAGAGUCAAGCUGUUGUUUUCUUGUUCCAGUAGUCGUGUGAGAUGAUUGAUUCAAGAAAUUAUUUUUUUUUCUGAGAGAGUUUCUACUUAAAAUAAACUCACAACUGUGUGUAACAGUAUUUAAGUCGUUGAAAAUGAUCAAACUGAAAUGUUUGAACUGUGAAUCUCCCCUUCUCACUGCAAACUGUCUCAAUGGCUCUCCUUGCAACACGCACAGAUUUGAGUGGUUAUCAAUUCAAAAAAAUCACAUUAAGAUCAGGCGGCAGAAAUCAGAUCUCAUGGAUCCUCUUUAAGGAUUUAAGUUCAAGGCUUUAUAACACAAGUCAAUCAAAGUUCUAAUUUGUUGAUUGGCUUUUUUCUGAGCUUUAUAAUUGAUUUAUGGAAAUUUAGCCAAAUUUUCAAUUUAAAAGUUUAUCGCAGGUUAUACCUUGAAGCAAAAGUAAAGUUUUCAUAUCAAAUUUGUAACCAGCUUUUUAGAAGUACACAUUUCCUUUUUAGCUAUUGCCGAGAAAAGCAAAUUAGGAGCACUAAUCUUCUACUCACUCAAAAACUGAGGAUCAAGGUGCGUGUUGCAGGGAGAACGGCUGACCUGCGAGGUGGAAGACAACGGGGAGAACUGUGCGGACGAUGCGCGACCGCCACGCGCUCGCGCCUGCGUCACACGACGGCAUGCUCUCGGCCAGAUUUAUUUCCUCGUCGACUGUCUCAUUUGUUCCCUUUGGGGCAUUUUUGUUGUCGUGAUGCUUCUCGUUGUCUAUCUCAAGUUUUGCAAUUUAUAUCGAAGAAUCGAGCCAGUCGCCGAAGUGAUUGAAAGGCCUGAGGAGGAUACCAAAGACGAAUAAAGGCGCCAAUGUAAAUAUGAGGAAUGCAUGACAUUUGGCAUGAUUUUCUUGCAAACAGCCAAGUAGUCAAACUUUUAAAGUUUGUAACCUACCCAUAUAAACGCUUUUUCUAUCAGCAAAAUUUAAAAAUUCAAACUCUUAAGAGCGCACUGGACUUUUUAAUUGUCCUUUACCUUCAGCUAGACCUUCAGCUGUAGAGUUGCGAUUUAUUUUACUCAGUAGAAUAUUUUCAUUGGAAAACAACAACGUCAAUUGUUCUUCUUAUUUCUGAAAAAAAGAUUUUAUCGACAUAAGUUAGGAAGUGAUUUUUUCCCUUAAGUGUUCUUUUUAUAGAGAUGCUUCUCAUUCCACUAAAAAAAUCUCUAUCAUUUCACACGGGUUGUAUAUCAACUGGCGAUGUUUUUACUUUUGCCGUAUCUUUCUUGUCAUUUUCUGUUGAUAUUGAUUUUAGUGUACUUUGUUCUCUGUUGAUAUAAGAUUUUACCGGUUUAAUGUGAUACGUACUAUUGGGAAUUUGUGUUUUUUUGUGAUAUUUUUUUGUAUAAACCUUAUUGCAUAGAUAAAAGUUUUAGAUAACUGAUUUGAGACAAGGAAAAAAUUGUUAUAAAUUCAGGCCAAAAGUCCAAAGUUCGGUCUUUGGGGCGGCGAGUUCAUGCAGGAAAUGAUGCAGCUCAUACAAAAAAUGGAGAAACAAGGAAGUGAGUUUGACAGUUUUUCGAUUACCUUGAAAGCAAUUGAAAAAUUUUCAGAGACAUCUAAUGAGAAUGCUGAGCGGUACCUUCAAAUUACUUCUAGUCCUUACUUUGGAAAACCGUUUAUAAUGGCUUCGCCUGCCCAAUUCGGAACCGACCUGACUGGUUGGCCGGUUUGUUAGGAGCUUCGUGUCAGUAAAAAUGUGUUUUUUUUUUUAAAUAUAGGUUGAAUCGGGAGUUGCUGUCGCAAGUCCCUUCAAAGCUUGCACCGAAAUAACGAACGAUAAAGAAGUUAGAGGACGCAUCGCAAUUGUCGAACGGUCCGAGUGUAUGUUCCAAGAGAAAGCCAGACACGUUCAGAAAGCUGGCGCAAUCGGUCUCAUUGUCAUUGGUGAAUUCACAACGAACUCAUCUUUCUGAUCGAAUGAUUUUUAGAUCACGAGAAAGGAACGCAAAGUGAAGGACAACUGUCCUUUGCGAUGGCUGGAGACAAAGAUUCUCAAGACGAUAUUGCCAUUCCGGCCGUCUUUCUGUACAGAAAGGAAGGAGAAAUGCUACUCAGAGCGCUGGAAAAAAACAAAAAAGUGGUAGUUCGUAUGGCUGCCGAUGUUGUUCUGACAGGUGAUUUAUAUUCCAUUUAUGACUGCAAAACAAAAAAACCGUGAAAAAAUUUAUUGUGCGCGAACUUCAUUUGCCACUAGCGUGGGACAAAAGUAUUUUACAGAUAUUUGAAAAUCUUUUCUCUGAUUUUUGUUUUCUAGAUCUCUACGUUGAAGAAAUGUUGAAAAUAGGAGUAUCGCGACUGGCGCCACCAAUGCCGGUUUGUUUUUUGCGAUUUCUAUUCCGAGCUAUUCAUAUAUUUGAGAAAUGUCCACCAGAAGACGGAGACUUCAUUUUUGUUGAUCACGAAAUACCAGCCGUUACAUUCAACGUCAGAUUGGGGAGUGUCAAACAGGAUAGCGAUCCAACUAUGCAUCAAGACGUGAGAUACAAGAUUAAUUUUUUUAAUAUUCUUCCGUUUGAGAUUGUCGAGAGACACGUAACUCAUUUGCAAGAAGCCGUUGAGUUUGAUCUGGACUCUUAUCGCAACGCCUUUUUUGCUCUGUUCCGAACGGCUGCUUAUGGAGCCCUAGGGCUAAACGUCGAGAAUGAAAAGCUGACUGCCGUGGAAGCCGCUUUGAGAAACGUUCGACUUCUUCCGACUCCCAGAGAAGCCGAGUUGUUCUUAAAAGGAGACAUCACACAGGUAAUUCUGUGAAAAUCUUUAUGGAAUUUGAGUAGAUCCAAGUUGUGAAAAAGAAAAAACGUUUAUUCUUGCGACAAGCUUUUUUGGACAAUGAGAAAUAAAAGGAGAAGCUGAUUCCGCAUCAGUGCGGAAGAAUCGCCGCUGAAAAAUGCCCACAAACUUGAAGUUAAAAUAAUCAUUCCUUCUUUUUGAGUUCUAUCGAGAAGAAGCCAGGAGAAAGUGGAAAAUUUCGUAUAUUAAAAGAUGAUUCUUUCAAAUUCUUUGUUUUUCCAGAUUCGUUGCGUGCCUCGCGAGACAAAUAUGGAAUGCACAGCGAUGUGGCGAUAA